AUGUUAAAGAUGAGUUUCCUUGGAAGUGGUGGCGUCAUUGAAUCAGGCUCUCUGGCGACAAAAUGUAUUGUGCAAAGCUUGAAACCUAAGCUUUCAAGCAGCGAUGUGAUGAUAUCGACGUGGUUCGUCCUUUGUGGCUUCAUUCAUACCUUUUUCGAAGGCUACUUUUCUUAUCAUUCUCUUCAGAUGGGCGGUCGCACUGACAUGUUUGGGCAGCUUUGGAAAGAAUAUGCGCUUUCCGACUCACGCUACAUGACCCGAGACUCUUUUGUGAUCUGCAUGGAGACUAUCACUGCUUGCUUCUGGGGCCCGCUAUCAUUCUUAUGCGCGUACAUGAUUGUCACAGACCACGUCUCGCGACAUUCAGUUCAAUUUACCGUUAGUUUUGGACAGCUUUACGGCCUGGCUCUCUACUACAGCACAUGCGCUUUUGAAGAGUUGGUUCACGGGAUAGUCUUAAGCCACCCCGCAAGGAUUUACUACUGGGCGUAUUACGUCACAUGUAACGCAUUCUGGCUGUUCAUACCGGGCUGGCUCAUUUUCCAGAGCCUGAGAGAGAUUCAAAUGGCAUUUACGCUCAAAGAGCAAGCCAAAGCAACAAUAGCUGCUGGAAGGAAAGAUGGCGGAGACUAA